UAUGCAUUUUAUAGGGUGUUUAGGAAUACUAUGUGUUGCUCAAGCUUCUUUGAAUACCGUCAAACUAUCUGCGUUCGAGAGACCUGUUCUUCUGUUGCUGCAAACGUUGCUGCUCCUUAACAACCACUUCUAUCCUCAACACAGAUGAUUGUAUUCGCCCACUAGAUGAAGAUCGAACGUAGUGGAGCUACUGAUACGCUAAACCUCAAGAAGCUUUCCAAGCGAUUGGAGGGGUAUACACGCAUGGAACGAUGCGUGAUGGCCAUGAACGUAUUCAUUCACAUAGUGGCGUGGUCGUGCCCCGCUAUCAAGGUUGGCUCCGACACAAAACUUCAAUCGACAAAUUCGCCGGACAUAGGGUACAUUGCAGUUGAUACAUCCGCACAUUACAUACGUGUGAAAGAACUUGGCCGACAUCAGUGUUCUCAGCAUACAAUCUUAUCCCGCAGAAUGGCAUACGAUGAACCAUACUGGCUCGGAAGAGCUUCAGCAGAACAGCAACGUCUGAUAAAGCAACAUUACACGUGGACUAAAAGCAUAGGCUACCUCCUUCAUCCUUCCAUCGCCUCCGCUCUUCCUUCGAAUGCACAAAUUGCGGAUGUCGGCACAGGAACUGGCAUCUGGCUUUCGGAACUCUCAAAGACAUCACCAUCAACUCAUCAAUUCUUCGGCUAUGACAUUUCAGACGCGCAAUUCCUCCCAAGCAGUAGUCUCCCCUCCAACGUCACGCUUUCGCUCGGGGACUUCAAGAAACCCUUCCCCUCGGAACUCCAUGGGAAAUUCGAUGUCGUCAACAUCCGCCUCAUCAUCAUUUCCAUGGGCCCCGGCAUCUGGGAGUCCACGCUGCGCCAUGUUGUGCAACUACUGAAACCAGGUGGCACUAUCAUCUGGACCGAGGGCAACUUCUUUGUGGCGAGAGGAUUCCGCGGGUCUGAUCCUGCUUCAACGCCUGGCCACGCGCUUACCAAGGGCCAAAUGCAACUCAAUUCCCGGCUCACCAAGCGAUUCGGAUACAAUUGGCCUCCCAACGGGUGGCGGGCUUUGUUCGAAGAGGCCGGGCUGGAGAAGGUGGAAGAGGAUGUGCUGAGUACGGAUCGUCUACCUGAGCUGCGGAGAGACUUCACCGAGAUUGGGAUUGGUGCCGUGUUUGGCGCUUUAGGGAAUAUGGCCGGGGCAGGGGAGGAAGAGGGUUUUUGGAGCGCUGGUGAAGUGGGAGAGAAGAGGAAAGAGGCCGUGGACGACAUGGAAUCGGGCGCUUAUUUGAGGUGGGAUAUUCAUGUUUCGGUUGGAUCUGUCAAGGGAAAUGCGUAG